AUGGUACAGAAGGCAGUCAACGCAGUGCGGAAAGCCGAAGCAAAAGAAUUGGCAGCGACCAAUGAGAAGUGGGAGGCCUUCCAGAAGAGCCUGAAGAAAAGUUUCAUUCAGGAGCGCACGAAGUUCAUGGAGAAGCAGGCAAAGUUAAUGGCCAAGCAGGCGGAGGCAAACGACGUGGCUAUGAAGGACUCGGUUGCUGGACAUCCUCAAGGGCCAGCAGAGACCAAGCCACACCGAGUCCACACCACCGAGGAGGAGUACAGCGGCCGCCAGAAUGACGCCACCGCCGGCAGACGGAUUUCAAAGUGGAGGAUGGUGCGGGAAGGUGUCUACACGGAGGUUCACAGCCCGAUCCCGCCGGACCCAUACCAGAUGUCGCCGAGUGUUGGAAGCAGGGCCUCGAUACCCAGGCCCAUCCGCACCUCGAGCAGGCCGCGAAUCGGACAAGCCAAGCUGUCGGUAAAAGCCCUCGGCCGACAGCCGCUGCCACGCACAAAGUCUGGAGCCUCGCUUGGAGAGAAGUUGGACAAGAAGUGGCACAAGGAGACGGAGAGCUUGAUCCAGAUCACCGAGUCGGAGCAGGAAGACGACGAGGCCAUGCCGGUGGGCGACUUGGUGAGAAUGCGGCACCUGGGCAAUGUGUUGGGCGGCUUUUUCGGUUGGUCCGCUGCAGAGCCCAACAAUCGCGAACAAGAGACAUGUGGCCUUGAAGGCUAUGGGCAUGCUUGGGAGCAUGCUUGGAGAGCUGACAACAGCCAGCGCAUCUAUGACAUCUUUGACCUGGGUGACCGCAUCGUGGAUUGGUGGACUACCCAGUGGAGUAUGCGACAAAUCUUGGUGCAGCAGACUUGUGCAGGCUACCUGCUCACCAUCCUUGUCCUACAUUUGUUGACUUGCUUUGUUUGGGUCCUUGCUGGGAACAUUGGGGGUACCGAGGCGAUGCCACCAACUGCUGCACAACGAUGGCAGAAUAAAUGGCAGCUCAAUGGGAAUUAUGAGGUCCAGCCACCGGGAACCAUGUUGAUGAGGACGGACCUGGACCAAGAAAGGAUUGAGGCGGUGCACACGAGUAUGUGGGUGGCGGCACCAUAUUACGAGUCGGAGAUGAUAGAUGCUGAGAUGCAAUUUCCACUCAGCAAGGGGCUGCUGAAGGAGGCCAUCCGGACCUCUGCAAACAUUAUCCCCGACUUCUUUGAUGAGCUGUUGCCUACGACACCGCAAGUCAUUGGUGGAACUGUUUUCGCCUUCUACGCCAACACCCCACUAACCAAAGAGGCUGUCCUCCAGCAGAUUGCGGACCUGGAAGUUGCGGAUGCGAAGAUCUAUGGCUUCGGACACACAUCCAAGCUCAGGUUACUCUACCCUCAACGCUGGAACCCCGCAGUUGACCCACCGCUUCCAAAAGUUGGACUCCAUGCGACCUAUCAGUCUCAAGAUGACCAUGUUAUACAAGAGAUCCACUCCGAUGAUGCGAUGACGGUUGAGGUGGCUGCAGCUAUGGCGCUGGAACUGGAAACAGGAGAGCAUUGGAUAAGUGUUCCGGAAGACAAGGUCUCCUACCUGUCCCAUACCGGUCGAAGAAUCUGGGAACACUGUGCAGCAUUAGAAGGAGAAUCGCCGGAGGAGCCUGAGAGAUCUGUGAUCUUUGUGGAUAUCAGGGGACUCACCCACUUUCCACAAUGGAUACAGGUUCCUACAAAAAUCUUCGACCCGGCCGAGUAUGACAGUGACAAGAUCAAGGUGCGCUCGGAGGAAGUCCUCACGCUGUACAUGAGACACGAAGAUGGGAACAAUGACAGCGAGGCUGAGACAACCGUGGCCAGUUACCUGGCUCCAACGACAGUUGGAAAUACCAGAUGUUCAUCCCAAUACCAGAUCGCUCUGGACAAAGCGGAGUCAUGGGAAAAGCUGCUCAGACAGACAAAGGAGCACGUCGAACUGCAUAUGUAUACGGAUGGGUCAGCAAAUGCAGCCAAGAAGACGAGCGGAUAUGCUGUCAUCAUCUUGGUUAAACUGGGAAUUGCCUUGCCACACUUGGAGUCCUCAACGGACAGAACUGGGGUAACCCACAUACGCCCUGGCCACUGGACGAAGCCAUGGCCCUUGGGGCCGAGCAAGUUGCGAUUGCAACAAGCCAGCUUUGGUUGGUGCAGGCACAAACCAUUUUUCCGCAGGCUGCGUGUCAAGAUGUUCUACGACUGCAUGGCUGCUGGACGUGCUGCUGGCGGUCAAUGGACAGCACCAAAUGCACUUGGAGACAAGACCCAUGAUCUAGAACUGUACCUCCGAGGGCAGUGCAACAUAGACCUGGAGCUGUGUCAUGUCAAAGGACCACAUUCAGCAGACUACAUCCGGGAGAAUCAGGUGCAGGAAAUCAUCAGCUGGGUCAACCCGCACUUCGACAAUGGAUGCAAUGAGGACCAUCGCAUGGUGGAGAUUGAAUUGGUGCUUGAAUGCUUCGAGCAGCCUGCCUGGAAUGUUCAUCCUGAUGACCAUUGCCAGCGACUGCAGAAAUAUCUAUGCCAUGCCCUCCAAGUUCAUUUCCCCGCACAGAUCCGGAGCAGAGCAAUAAUCAUUACUGAAGAUGCCUGGCGCCUCAGCGAGCAGAAGGACCAGCUCAAGGCAAGAACAAGCUACCGGAAGAAGCUGUGGGACGAUUUGAGCGACAUGGCGUGGACUAUCCUCAAGGGUGGCGAAGGCCGGCACAUUGGACCCAGCAUCCGGAAGUGCAACUUGAUCUACCAGACAGUUGCUGCGGCUGUAACGGUUGCCACACAGAGGAUUAAGAGGAGCCUUGCUCAGGCGAAGACGAAGUUCCUGGACAAGCAGCACAGUCUCGAGCUGAUCGUGACGGCGGUGGCACCUUCUGAGAGCCUCCACAUCGAGAAUCCAGCGGAGAGUUGCCAAGCGGAUGCAGGAGGAUACCGGAAGUUUGUCAAGGGCACCUACUGCCGGGCUUGCGAAACGGAGUUCUGGACUACAGGUGUGCAUACACUGGCCACAUCCGAGGAGCCGCUGCAGCAGAUACAGCCUGGAUACGGAAACAAAAAGAGGAGGCAACAAGAACUUGAGCAAUUCACGCCGGCGCCGCCCCGUCGACUGGGAACUGCCAAGCCCAUUGCUCCUAUGACUGAUAUCCGUGAGUGGGAAAACAUGCUUCACAGUGAACUUUGUGAAGCCAUUGAUGGAGCUGAAGAUUGGGAAGACGAGGACGAAACGGUCGAUAAGCUCUCUGUAGUCAUCCUUUGCCCAGAUGAAAUCGACCAUGUCUUCGACAGGGUCAUUGAUGAGCUUGAAUUUCUACAUGCGGACCCUGAUCACAGAAAGUGGACGAGUGAUGAACAGCAGAACCUGGGGAAG